AUGGCGGGGAGGGCAGCAGAUUCCUUGACAACCCUGAUGCCCAUGGUGAACGAAUGGACCGAGCAAACAUUUCAAGAUGUGGCUGAAGUGCGAGAUGUUGACGACCACUGCGUGGUGUGUUGGAUCAACCUGCCAUCACAGGGGAUCCUCACGGCGCACAAGCGCGAAUGGGUCACAACCUUUGUGGCCAACCUGCUCCACAAAUACAAAAGAAAUGGGAUUGCAGUUCUGAUCCAUGCCAACCGUGCUGGCCAAGCUGACCGAACGCGAGAUGGGGACAGAACACGCAAGGAUGAGGAUGAGAAGUACGAUUUUGCGAAGAAGGAAGAACCCGAUAGUGAAGAUGAUGAAAGCGAUGAUGAGAACCAGGCCGCUGAGGACAUUGAGGUCGCCGGUGGAACCAGCAUAAUCCACAAGACUUUGGAUGCCCUGCGACCGCCUUCUGUUGGCACCACCCUGCUGCUUGACAUUACUGGAUUUGAUGGCUUUGCUUGUCUGGCAGCCCUGGAGGAGAUGGGGGGGGAGGAACAAUCAGCAGGAAAUCGGGUGAUGUGCGCUUCAGUGCUUUUGGAUGCACCUAGUGUGGAUGAACUCACCUCCCGAGUGGCGAACAGUGUGCACAAUGCCUGCAGAUCCGGGCAGUUGGAGCUGCCAGGGUUUCCGGAUUAUGGUCCGGUGCUUGCAGCUUUGAAGGGUGGAGCUACUGAAACAGUCCACAAAGACUACAAGGUGUGCUCUGUGGUCAACUCCAGCCAGCUUGCGGUAUUACAAGUGUAUGCUCAGCGUUGGCUCGACGAAGAGCUGACCAAGGAACAGGCUACGCGGAUCAUCACCGACCAUAAUGCCAAGUUCAACCCUGACGGCGACUUUCUUCAAGGUGAAGUCAAGACUGAGCCGACCGCCGAUGAAGCGCCGGCCAAAAAGAUCAAGCUUGAAGAUGGGGACACCUGCACGGAGCAGCAAUCUCCCAACUGGUCAGCCCGUGACUUCUUACUGGCUGAAGCUACAGAAUGUAUGCAGGAUAGCGCUGGCCGAUGGGUCAAGUUUGUCGCUGCAAUGGACAUGUUGGUCCUCAUUGAGCGCAAGGACUUGCCUGAACAUUUGAUGAAAUGUCCUUCGGUGGAGCGCCCAGUGAUGCUGAAGAAGAUCCUCCUUGAAUUGGAAGACAAUGGGGAGGUGGCUUUGAAGAUGAGCCAUCACGUUUUCACCGGCACAGGUGAGCAAAAGGUUCUACAGGCUGACAAACCCUUGUGCUUUCUCCUGGACGAGCGGAAGGAGCAAGAGGGUGAUGAGAAGAAGGGAAAGAAGAAAAAAGGAAAGAAGAAACAAAAGCAGGAUCAAUCCCCUACGUUCAAGAACUUUGGCGCCCUGCUAAACUUAGCGAAGCUCAAGGGCAACUCGAAGCUAGUGAUUGGCUGGCGGAUGAGGCCUAGUUGGUGACCAAACUUGUUUGUUUCUUGGUGCUUUGGCCAAUGCCUCAACCUGGG